UGCCCGUACACCCAUUCACGAGACCUAGGGCAUAAUUCGAGCAUCGCAGCAGUGGAAGUGUGACGACUGUUCGGUGUUUCGUAAUCGCGAGCUCUUCAGACGAGCAAACACGAGCUUGUAGCAAGUGCUGCAGCUGGCAGGAGCUUGUAGCAAGUGCUGCAGCUGGCCAGAGUCGCACUACGCAGCCCUACGCAGUCCGUUGCAAUCAUGCCCGGUGCGAAGAAAGUGAGAUUCGCGUCGCCACCCGUGCUGUCACCGAUGUCGCACGACGAGCUCGACGACUACGAAGACUACGAGGCCGCGAAGGCGGCGGCUCGCGCGGCGUACGAAGAAGACGACGAUACAGCGGAGACUGCAGCCCUGACCGCGCGCGACGAGGAACGCGGCAGCGCGGACGACGACGGCGCCGCGGCGGAGACAGCAGCAAUGACCGCGCGCGACGACGACGCCGCCGCCGCGGAAACAGCACCCAAAGCUGAGCUGGGCAGCGUCGCCGCACUGAUACUAAUAGCGCUGAGCGCCUUUGGGUUCUCGGCGCAGGCGCUGAUCGUGAAGUUUUUGACGCGCUCCGACCCCGUGCCGCCCAUGGAGAUCGUCUUCUUUCGCGGCUGCUUCCAGUUCCUGGGGUGCUGCGGGUUGUUAGGUUUGUACCCGCCGAUGUGCCGCGCUCCGUCAAGGUGGUUCGGCGACUCUUGGAGGGAAAUGAAGUGGCUCGGGUUAAGAGGCUUGGUCGGCUUCGGCGGCAUCGCCUUCUCCUUCCAGGCCGUGUCGUUGUUGGGCAUAGCGGAGGUCCAGGUCGUGCAGACGUCGACGCCGGUGCUGGCUGCUAUUUAUGCGCGUGUAUUGCUCGGAGAGCCGUGGCUCCGGCUGGAACAAUGUGCGGCCGUCGUCGCGUCGAUUGGCGUGGCCCUCCAGUUCGGCGGCCACCAACACCGCAUCGACGGGUCGGACCACGCCGCGGGUCUCGCCUUCGCCCUCGCGGGCGCGGCCUCCGCGGGCGGCGUCUACGUCCUCGUGCGCUACCUCGGCACCGUUGUAAAAGUCGACUGGCCCAUCCUGAUGCUCUACCAGGCCUGCGGGCAGAUGCUCCUCGCCUUCCCCGCGCACGUCGCAUUGAGAGGAGGCCCUAUCCGGACAGCCUUCUCGCAACGAUCAGUACUGUUACUAAUCGCGUGCGGCGCGAUGGGAUUUCUCUCGCAAAUACUGAUGACGCGCGGCAUGCAGCGCGUCAAGAGCGCCUCUGCCUCCAUCGCGCGGUUGUCGGGCCUGCCGUGGUCCUUUUUGUUCCAGGCAGUGUUCACCUCGGACCCCGUGCGCGGCCGGACCGUCGCGGGCGCCUUGAUAGUAGUGGCGUCGAUGGGCUUCGUCGUCCACGCGGCGCGGCUCAAGAACACUACGCCCCAGGCGAAGGUGCUGGUCGAGCUGCCGACCUACGCGAAGGUCCGAGCCGACGACGACGACGAGUACUGCGGCGACUCCGACGACUGA